AUGGCCGCAUCUUCUUUUCCUCUUCUCAAUCUCCCCAAGAAAAACCUGAAAAAGGUUUUUUGCAAUAUGAGUGAAAACGAACAAGUGCGUAUCUCAAUGGUGUCUAAGAAAACCAAGGAACUAGUCAGAGAAUUUCAUAUCCUCAAAAACAUUCGACCACGUCUGGCAUUUUAUGAUUCGAUAGGCUAUAUAGUGGCUCUGAGUAGUGUAGGAAGUUUUUACCUAUUUAAAAAUGAGAACAUUGCGGAAUACGCAGAACUGGACAUUAAAUUUUCUGCACCACACUUUGAUGCAAAAAGCUGGUUGAAACAUUUUCUGUAUAUCUUCCACGUGUCAGAAAUCAAUACUAUAGCUUUCAAUCUCUCAGAUGGUAGAUUCGAUUAUUUGCGAUUACCUAUGGUUCAGGAAUGUUUAAAUAAUCUCAAUAUUUCCAACCUCUCCAUCGACUUCACUACCCAAAUUCCGCUGAUGAUGAAGCUUAUCUCCGUAUUCCCACCAAACAUUAAGCUACGUUUACGUCAAACCUUUCCCGAACCAUUAGAGCCUUCGCGAUUGUUUGAACUACGCGAUUGUUUGAACUAGUAUUGCCAAAUAAGCUUCAGAGUCUAGACUCAUCAAUCUACCUACCGUUAAAUGAGCUACUUUUCGUUACCUGCUC